AUGGAAAAUGAAGAAGAUAAAGAUAUGGUUAUGUUGCAUUUAGUCAGAAGAAACAACAAAAGCUUUUACGACCUUGCUAAGAUUUACAAAUCUGACAGAAAUUGGUUCUAUCGCGAAAACUUACCGAUUUCAAUGACUCCAAAUGAAGAUGUGAAACAAAUAGUUCAAGAUACGUUACCUCAAACACACUAUGAUAUUAAAGGUUGUACAAUACUUACCUUCAAAGAAGACUUACCGCUACUGAAAGAAAAAAUAACAGAGUAUUUUGACAACUUCAAACAAGCAGAGUAA